AUGUGUAAUGGCAUGAAUGCGUUAAGUUCCACCCUACCUUCAAGUUACCGCCCCAUUUCACUUCUCAACGUUGACAUUAAAAUUAUCACCAAGGCACUUUCCCACCGAUUAGAAAAAAUUAUUCCAUCCAUUAUUCACCCGGAUCAAACAGGAUUUAUUAAAGGAAGAAACUCAUCCAAUAACACACGCAGACUAUUCAAUAUAAUGCACCACUCAACCACACAUAACCAUAACUCAAUCAUAGCCACCUUAGAUGCAGAAAAAGCCUUUGACAGAGUUAACUGGUCAUUCCUCAUCCACACCCUACACAGUUUCGGCUUUGGGGAAUCAUUUAUUAACUGGAUUAAAACACUUUACACCUCACCUACAGCCACAGUUAUUACUAACGGACAAACCUCACAAAGCUUCACUCUUCACAGGGGGACCAGGCAAGGUUGCCCACUCUCUCCCUCUUUUUUCACCAUUUUCAUUGAACCCCUAGCAGCAGCCAUCCGUCAGAACCCCCUCAUUACAGGAAUCCAAACCCCCAACAUGCACCAUAAAAUCAGCCUCUAUGCAGAUGACAUUUUACUUUUUAUGGAUAACCCAAAAUCAUCACUACAAGAAGUAAUCAGUGUCAUCAAAUCCUUCUCCCUUCUCUCUGACUACUCAAUAAACUGGAACAAAUCCUCCAUACUCCCAUUAAACACCAACAGUCUGGCUGUGGCAGCCCUUACAACACCCAUCCCCUUCUGCACAAGUCACAUCACCUACUUAGGCAUCCACAUUUCCCCCAGGCUGUCAGAGUUGAUCAACCUGAAUUUCACUCCACUCCUAAAAAAAAUCAAUGAUGAUCUCCAACGAUGGAUGAACCUCCCAUUAUCUAUAUUAGGCAGAAUAGCAACAGUUAAAAUGACAAUCCUCCCCAAAAUCAGUUACCUUUGUUCAAUGAUUCCCACUCAUCCACCUCUCACCUGGUUUCAUUCCCUCGAUUCAUCCAUCAACAAAUUUUACUGGAAAAAUAAACCCCCACGAGUCAAACUGGCCACUCUUCAGAAAUCAAAAAGUUUAGGCGGACUCAAUGCUCCAAAUUUUCAUCAUUACUCACUAGCAAAUCAACUUCAAUACAUCUACAAAUGGACCCACCCCACCCAGUCAGAUAGCACGUGGUUAGACAUAGAACAAACAGUUAGCAAAGACAUCCAUCUCUCAGACCUACCAUUCCUCAGUCAAACUAUCAAAAAACACCCCUGUUUCCAAAACCCCACAAUAUCAUCGGCCCUGACAGCCUGGUGGAAAUUCUACAGCAUUACUAACUCCACUCUGGCACCAUCGCUUUUCACCCCGAUCUGGCACAACCUGGACUUCAUCAGCAAUAAACAAUCACUAUACUUCAGCACCUGGGUAGAGAAAGGGAUUACUCACCUCAAACAUAUCUUCAAUAAUAACACCCUGGUCCCAUUCUCUCUCCUGGUCCAGAAGUUUGGCAUCAGGAGCCAUCAAUUCCUACAAUAUCUACAGGUUUCAUCAUCCAUCCAAUCAUCAAUGAAAAACAAGAAUAUAAACUUAGACCUCCCCCCGUUACCCUCUAAACUCAUUAACAUCCCUUCCUCAAAGAAAAUCCUAUCUAAAUUAUACAAAUUAUUAUCACAGGCCGACUCAACACCCUCCAUACCCUCCUGA